GUGCGUUAAGAUUAUCUGUACUGAUGCGAUGAUUAUUGAUUGUCCCUUUUUUUCUUUGAAUCCGGGAUUAUUUUUAUAUAGUAAAUUAGACAAGAGAGAAUGCUGUUAGAUAAAUCGGUCCUAUAAAAGUUUUCCAUUCAUAUCCCAGUUAUAUAAUGCCAGAUGAAAAAGUUUGAUAAGUUGAGCACUUUUUGUGACGUAUCUUGAUCUUUUAAAUGAGACUAUGAACAAAUCUGAGAGUGACAACGAUUUAAAUGACUGAAAUUUUACAAGUUAAUUUAUCCCGAAGUCUUCAUAGUUUCAUUUAAAAGAUGAGAUUCCAUCACAAAAAGUAGCCAACUCACUGACGUUUUUCGUUUGGUAUAAUAUAGUUAGGGUUUCGAAUUAAAAAUUUUUAUCGAGUCUCUUUCUCUAUCAAUAAUCUCUCGUCCUUUUUACUAUAGAAAACUAAUCCCGUACUCAAAGGGUUAAUAUAGAAUUUUGAAAUUUUAUUUUAUUAUUUGAUCAAUUAAGAAAAAUAUUAACAACAAUAAAAUUAAACCUUUUUUUAAUAAUAAAUAAUAUUAUUUUUAUUGUUAUUGAAAUAAUUUUAAUUAAUUAUAAUUUAUAGAAAUAUUUAAUUAAUAUUUGUUCUAAUAGUCAAAGGAAAUAAUCUUCUAUAUGAAUUUAUAUUUUUUUAACUCCAACCGAAACUGAUCUUUUUUCCUUUAACUGAGUAUAAUCUUUAUUCGAACUGAAUUCGAAAAUGUGUUAUAUGCGGUAGACAUACGUCAGAUAGUUUUCAAAACAUUUUAUUUUAAUUAAAAAGUAUAUGAUUUUGUUUCAUCAAUAACUAACUAACUAUAAUAAUAAUAAUAAUAAUAAUAAUAAUAAUAAUAAUAGAUGAUAUAGAAUUUUAUGAGAAAAAUGAACUCAUUGAUAAUUGACUUAAUAUUUUUAUUUUUCUAUAACUCGAUUGAUUUUAGUAAGUUAAUGUUACCUGUUGUUAACUAGUAUAAAUAGUUUAAUAAUGAUCGAAUAAGUUUUGACUUGUAUACUUUUUAAUAUAAAUAAGUUUUAAAAAAUUCUAUAUUUAAUUGUAUCCUAUUGUAUAAUUAAAUAUUAUUUGUAUAUUUAUAAUCUGUAUUAAGUAAUAUGUCGUUUAGUUGAUUAUAUUUGAGAAGAGUAAAACGAAUAAUUUAAAAUAAAAAAAAAUAAUUUUCAUGAUAUGGAAUAGAUAAACUAAUAAAUUAAUAUUUUUAUUAUUGUUUAUUUAAUUGAUCGAUUUUGAAAAAAUAAUAAAAAAAAAAAAAUAAAAUUAAAAUUAAAAUUUUUCGAAAAAUAAAAAAUAAAAAGUUAAUAUGAAAGUAUUGAAUAGAAAAAAAUGUUUUAUGGAAAUAAAUAAAUUUAAAUAAAAUAAAAAAGUUUGAUAAUUUUUUGAAAAUUUUUGUUUUAUUUUGUUUUGUUUAGGGCCAUUAUAUGAAUCAUGUCGAUGUCAUGCAUUAGUUUGUUGGCAAAUAUCUGGAUCAACAUUACCUUUAUCUAUAAAAUCAAAUGAAGAUUUAAAUUGUUUAUCAGGUUAUAUAUUUAAAAUCGAACAAUUAACAUAUCGAUGUUUAUUAUGUAAAACAUCAUAUUCAACAACAAUUGAAUAUGAAAAACAUACAAAAGAU